AUGCCGACCGAAGAGGUGGUGAGUUUGGCAAAGCGAGCCAAGAUUACUGAGCCGGUGCCUUCAACCAACACAUUUUUAUCCCUCUUCCGACGAGCGACUUGCGAGAGCGGCGAUACCUCAUCUGCCUGUGAGAAACCAGUUGGUGGCUCAAGUUUGACUUUGAUCAUUACCUUGGCUGUUUGUAUUCCUAUAUUCCUUGCAUUCUGUGUGCUCAUCUACUUGCACCGCCGAACCAAGAGGUUACAAGCGAAGGAGGAUCAGGAUGACAGAUACAAGUCAAUGGAUUUUGGAAUGGGCGAAGCUAACGCCAAGGGUUCCAAGAGAAAGAGCAAGCUUUUUGGGGGUGAGAAGGAGGGCAGCCACGCCAAGGGGCUUUCGAUGGACAUGAACUUGUCAAGCCCGUAUUUGCUACCAACAGGUCCGCAACAGUCUCACGAGUCGCUCAAUUCAUUGGCACGGACGUUGCAGAACCAAGAAGACCCUUACCGACAUGUUGAUUCGUAUCUUGGAAGCGAUGCUGCCUCGAUGCGGUCUUUCCCCAAGGGAGCUGACGGCCGAGCAUCUGUCUUCACGGCCCGCACGAACAUGAGCGGCCGUGACUCUCCCAGAGUGGCACCAAAAAUGAAUUUUCCUGCCCGCCAGGGAUCGAUACCUACUGCUCCACUGCCCCAGAUUCCUGCUGCUAAGGAAAUUUUCCGCGAGGAAGCCAGCGGAACCCCCCCUCCGCAAUAUGCCCCUCCAUCCAAGAAUGGUUUCAACUUCACCGACGAUAAUACUGCGGCGCCCCAGGUCGGUGGCGAGCAUGUUACCAUGCCUGCAAUGCCUGAAAUCCAAGAACCAGCGCCAAUUGCGAAGCCGCUUGGUCAGAAAGGCGUCCAAGUGACCGAGCGCCCAAUUUCGUACGAAUCAAUCAAGGCUGCUCAACCUUUCGUGGGUGCAGUUGCUGGGGAUAGGGACUCUUCCGCACUGCCGGCUUCGGAUUUAUACCACGGAAACGUUGGCGGACUCGGAAUCAUGGGCGCAAAUGCUCCUCAAUCAGCAUCCAAAUUAGCCCCGAUAGACACUACACCAGUGAGCUUGCGACCGGGCAGAAAGGACUCUGCACCGGUGGUGUCAGAAGUGCCUUCCGAGUACUCUGAUUAUGCAAGCUAUGGCCAGUAUGAUUACCCAGAAGAGGAUGACGACAGAGGACGACGGGCAAGCCGAGCACCUGCGGAGCAAGAUCCCCCUCAUCCUGCUGCACUUGGCGUCCCGAACAUGGACAACAAGCGCUUGUCCGUCGGUGUCCGCCCGUUGCCUCCGGCUGACUAUCUUGAGUCCGAGGACCCGGAGUUCAGAGCCAACCGCAUUCGAUCCUUCUACAAGGAGUACUUCGAGGAUGGCUCGGAACCAAGGCCUCCCAUGCCCCAGCCUCAAAAAGCGCAAUACUACGAGGAUUACGACGCAGGCUACGGUGGCGACGCACCUUACUACGACCCAGCGUCCAAUGCCUUCGUCAUGCCUUAUGCUGAGCCAGUCACCCGCCGCGCCAUGACACCACCUCCUAAUAACAGAAGACCUAUGCCUGGUCCUAGACAGGGUGGACCUCGUGGCCCCCCUGGGCCCCGUGGUAUGGGAAUGGGAUCACCAGGACCAGGAGCCAGGCCCCGCGCUGGUUCUACCAUGUCCGGCGGACGAUUUGGUCCUAUGAGCCCCCGACCCGGCUCUUCCGCCUCGGCACGUAUGGGUGGCCGUCCCGGACCGAAGAAACCCGUUCCUCCGCCGUCCGCCCUUUCCACUUUGCCCACCGCUUCCAAGGUCCAAGAUGAGCACUUCAUGAUCUUGAACCCCAUAGACUUCGCUCCUCCUCCCACUUGGAAGGAUAAGGCCGCCGGCCGAUCGCAAAGCCCCAUGGGUGAACGACGUGCCUACAACCUGAAUGUCCCGGUUUCCUCGCCCCUGGUGAGCUCAUUCGACGACACUCCAACCCUGCCUAGCCCUCACUUGUUGCGCAAGUCAGGCACCUUCACGUCAUUGGACUUUGCGCCUCCCAAGAGAUUCAAGGAUCCCGACUCCAUGAGCGAUGCUGGCAGUGUGCGCAGCAUGGGUAGUGGCAUUUCGGCCAUGCAGAACAAGGCUCUUCGCGACGGUGCUGGUCGUAUCAGCCGUCUGCCGGAAGAUCAAGUCUUCACCCAAGCAGCGCUGGGCAAUGUGUUGAAGCCGAAUUGGGGAAUGCGAGACUAA